AUGUUAAGAACACUAUCACGCCUUUCCCAUGAAAAUCCAUUUGGUUUGCCCAAGAAGAAACCAGAGCCAUUGAAGAAACGUCCAAUUCCCCACGUCAAGCACACCAUACUCGUAGCCAGCGCCAAAGGAGGCGUUGGAAAGUCAUCAGUAGCGACCAAUCUGGCACUCUCGUUAUCCAAACUGCACAAUUCCCCUCGGGUUGGUCUUCUCGAUCUCGACAUAUUUGGUCCAUCGACACCAAAACUCCUUGGUUUGGAUAAGGAGGGUAUGGAAGCUGAGUUGACGCGUGAAGGUGCACUCAAGCCCCUCUCCAACCACGGCAUUGCGUCAAUGUCGAUCGGUUACUUACUUCAAAACGGGCCCAAGGCACAAGAUACGCCUGUUGUAUGGCGCGGUUUGCUUGUGCAAAAAGCAACCCAGCAGCUCCUAUUCGAUACUGACUGGAGGGGCAUUCACGACCGACCGCUGGAUUAUCUAGUCGUCGACAUGCCUCCCGGCACAGGUGAUGUGCCUCUCACAGUUGGACAGCUAGUGCAGAGCAGUGGCGCUCUCAUAGUCACAUCUCCUCAAGAUGUAGCUCUGUUGGACACGCGCAAGGGCAUAGCGACCUUUUCCAAGCUGAAUAUCGAGAUACUAGGCAUGAUGCUCAACAUGUCCCACUUUCUCUGCGAUCACUGCUCACACCCACACGAGAUAUUCGGCGACGUCAGCAACUAUGAUAGAGCACUGCGCGAAUUGCAUUUGGACGAUCUCGGUAGACUACCCCUGACUAAGGAGGUCAGCAGCGGCGGUGAUGACGGGCGUCCGCUUAUGAGUCAGAGUGAACGCUCAACAAGUAUUUCAAAUGGAGCGGCAGAAGCGAGGAAAGUUUUCAGUCAUGCAGCCAAGACACUUUCAGAGAGGCUGAGGUUGUGA